AUGGCGAACGUGGAGGGUAAUAAACUUUGGGGCGGCCGGUUUGUAGGUGACAUCGAUCCUAUAAUGGAGAAAUUCAAUGCUUCGAUCUCGUACGACCAGAGGAUGUGGGACGCAGACAUCCGAGGCAGCAAAGCCUAUGUGAAGGCUCUGGAGAAGGCCAAACUUGUCUCCACAGACGAGAUGAACAGCAUUUUAACUGGGAUGGAUCAGAUUCACGAGGAGUGGAAGAAAGAUGUGUUUGUGAUAAAACCUGAAGAUGAAGAUAUUCACACUGCCAACGAGAGGCGACUGAAGGAGCUGAUUGGUGCUCCUGCAGGAAAGUUGCACACUGGGAGAAGCAGAAAUGACCAGGUUGUUACUGACAUGAGACUGUGGCUUCGUGACGCCAUCUCCACUCUGAGAGAAGCUGCGUUACAACUGGUCACUACGAUGGUGGAACGGGCAGCGAUAGAAGUCGAUGUCCUGUUUCCUGGUUACACGCACAUGCAGAGAGCUCAGCCAAUCAGAUGGAGCCAUUGGAUUUUGAGUCAUGCAGUCGCUCUGAGCAGAGACGUGGAGCGGCUUCAGGAGAUCCACAGAAGAGUCAAUGUUUUGCCUUUAGGAAGUGGUGCGCUCGCCGGAACUCCAUUUGACAUCGACAGGGAUCUGCUGCGUCAAGAAUUGGGGUUUGACAGAAUAAGUCUCAACAGCAUGGACGCCACAAGCCAACGGGACUUUGUCUUGGAGUUUUUGUUCUGGGGGUCGCUGUGUUUGAACCAUCUCAGUAAAGUGGCAGAAGACCUGUUGUUGUACAGCACCAAAGAAUACUCCUUUAUCAACCUCUCAGACGCCUACAGUACAGGCAGCAGUCUGAUGCCGCAGAAGAAGAACGCGGAUAGUCUGGAGCUGAUCCGAAGCAAAGCCGGACGUGUUUUUGGUCAAUGCGCCGGCUUCAUGAUGACAAUGAAAGGAUUACCGAGCUGUUACAACAAAGACCUACAGGAGGAUAAGCAGGCCAUGUUCGACUGCUUUGACACGGCUCAUGCUGUGCUGCAAGUAACAACCGGAGUCAUUUCUACACUCAAGAUCAACCCUUCAGUGAUGGAGGCGGCCUUGAGUCCAGACAUGUUAGCCACAGAUUUGGCCUAUUACCUCGUGAAGAAAGGGGUCCCGUUCAGAGAGGCCCACGGCAUUUCCGGAAAAGCUGUUUUUGCUGCAGAAUCCAAAAACAUUGCCUUGAACCAUCUCACUGUGGACGACCUGAGCUCUGUCAGCCCGCACUUCGGAGAGGACGUGGCCGCAGUGUGGGACUACAGCAGCAGCGUGGAGCAGUACAGCGCCCCCGGUGGAACGGCAAAGUCCAGCGUCAUGGCACAAAUAGAUCAUCUGCGGCUGUGGAUCAAGACACAGGCACAGUGA